UAGUGACUCAACCCACAGCGCACAGUCAGUCAGAUUCCUCUGCUCUGAGUCCGAGCUUCAGCUGAGGAGGGAGGGCACGGACGCUGCCUCUACGAGAAGGGCUCCGCAAUCCCCUUCCUACUUCUAACACAAGUGUCCUAAACCGAGUAUUGCUGUUUUUAAAAAAAAAAAAACUAAACAAGUUAAUGUGCAACGUGGGAAAGUGCUAGACUCGCAUGGAGCGUUUUCGGGUUUCGACUGUGUGGCUGGGCGCGUUCUACCUCAUCUGUAUGACCGUCUUGAACCGGAGCGGAGUUGAUGGAGUAUUCCCUCCAGUCUUCAAAAUAAAUGGACUCUGCAAAUUUUGUGAUCUCCAAUCCACUUCUUGCAAUGGCACUGGGACAUGCAAAUCCAACUGCAGCAUUACAUCCAUAUGUGGAGAGCCGGAGGAGGUGUGCGUGUCUAUCUGGAGGAGGAAUGAUAAUAACCACACUCUGGAGACUCUAUGCCACGACCCGGCCAAGCCUCUGUACGGCAUGCGUCUGGACGACUACAACAGCUCCACCUGUGUGAUGAAGGAGAGGAAGGCUGACAGCGGGCUGCUCUACGUCUGCUCCUGCAACCAGGAUGAGUGCAACGACAACGUCAUCUUCACUCCGAUGCAAGGGCCAACGGUGGAGUCCCAGGUGGCUGCGGUCAUUCUGAUGAGCCUGCUGCCCCUGCUGGUGCUGGCCAUGCUCGUGGUGUCCAUGUUCUACUGGUACCGCAUGUACCGCCGGCGUCAGAGCGAGUGGGACACCCGCAAGCCGUCCAAGCGCAAGGGCCCGCUGGACUGCAGUGACGCCUGCGCCAUCAUGAUGGACGACGACCGCUCAGACAGCAGCUCCACGCACGCCAACAGCCUCAACCACAACACCGAGCCGCUGCCUAUCGAGCUGGACAUGCUCGUGGGCAAGGGCCGCUUCGCCGAGGUCUACAAGGCCAAGCUCAAGCAGAGCCCCUCGGAGCAGUUCGAGACGGUCGCCGUCAAGAUCUUUCCCGAGGAGGAGUACGCCUCGUGGAAGAACGAGAAAGACAUCUUCUCCGACAUCGACCUCAAGCAUGAGAACGUGCUGCACUUCUUGACGGCGGAGGAGCGCAAGGAGACCAAGCAGUACUGGCUCAUCACAGCCUUCUAUGCGCGUGGCAACCUGCAGGACUACCUGAUGCGCCACGUGAUCAGCUGGGAGGACCUGCGGCUGCUAGGCAGCUCGCUGGCGUGCGGCGUGGCGCACCUGCACAGCGACCACAGCACCUGUGGGCGGCCCAAGGUGCCCAUCGUCCACCGUGACCUCAAGAGCUCCAACAUCCUGGUGAAGAGCGACCUCACCUGCUGCCUCUGUGACUUCGGUCUCGGCCUUAGGCUGGACAACUCACUGUCUGUGGAUGAUCUGGCCAACAGCGGGCAGGUGGGCACAGCCAGGUAUAUGGCUCCAGAAGUGCUGGAGUCCAGAAUAAAUCUGGAGAACAUCGAGUCCUUCAAGCAGGCAGACAUCUACUCCAUGGCCCUGGUGCUGUGGGAGAUCACCUCUAGAUGCAAUGCCAUAGGAGAGGUGAAGGAGUAUGAGCCACCAUUCGGGUCCAAAGUGCGAGAGCACCCCUGUGUGGAGAGCAUGAAGGACAACGUACUGAGAGACCGGGGCCGGCCCGAGAUCCCCGACAGCUGGAUCAAACAUCAGGGUGUGGCGAUCGUGUGCGCCACCAUCAACGAGUGCUGGGACCACGACCCCGAGGCCCGGCUCACCGCCCACUGUGUGGCCGAGCGCUUCGGCGAGAUGGAAGACGAGCUGGACAAGCUGUCCAGCCGCAGCAGCUCGGAGGAGAAGAUUCCAGAAGACUUGUCCGUGGACGACGGGAAGUGAGAGAACAACGCCCCCUAUCUCCGCGUGCCUUUGGGAACUCUGAAGUGCCUUCUCUCUCACACACAUAUCUCUGCGGGGGGGUCAAGAAGAGGAGAUUGAGUCCUGUGACCUCAAACUCAGCCCCCCCCCCCUUUACUCCCUCCAUCUUCAUAUCGGAAACUGGAAUGUGUUUAUACAUACAGUGUAGUAUGUUGACAUGUAAGACGCGAGCUGUGGAAUAGGGUUUUUAAAUGUGUUUUUCAUAACCAAAGACUGAAGCACUUUACAUGCUUACAUGUACCCGUACAUAGGAGACACUGGGACGCAGUUGGACUGUUUCCCAUGUAUUUUUUUUUUAAAAAGGGUGUGGUGAAGUUAGUCUGGGGCUGGCCUUCCCGGACGGCCCGUGUCAGGCGCCAGAUGUACAGACAGCCAAAAAGAGAGAAACUGAAACGCUAAUGAUUCUGACAUUCAGUAGAUAUACACAAGAGAUUGUAUGGUGAUACUAGAGAUCUAUGAUUCAGGACUAACAGAGAUGCAGUGCUAUCUUUGCAAGUGUGUGUGUGUGUGUGUGCAUUUGUUUGUAUGUGAAUGAUUAUGUAUGGGCAUGUCUUGUAUGUAUGUAUUUGAAAAUGUGUACGUGUGUUUAUGAGAUAAAGAGAGAGUGAAACAGACAGAGAGUAUGUGUGUGUCUGUGUGCAAAUAAGUAUGUCUGCAUGAAACUGUGUACACAUGUUACUCUGUCUGUGUGUGUGUGUGUGUGUGUGUGUCUUUUGUAAGAGUCAUUAUUUUAUGUUCUCUAUAAAGAAGCUUUAAAAACACGUACUUGCCCAAACAAGCACAGUGUACAUAAGCACAUCCAAACCAUGCUAACAGGAAGGGCACCAAAAGGGAAGAUACUGUAUAUGACAUGUGAUGAGUGUGUGUAGCACCAUAUCAACACACACUGACACAAAGAAAGAGCUUCCCAUGAUAUAUGCAUUACCAGAAGCAUCAACUAUUGUGCCUUUCUUUUUAUCUUUUAUGUAAAAUACUGUAAAUCUUUUAUGAAUAAAAAAUAUGUUUAUGUAUUUGCUAAAAACA